CAAAACCCGAAAGGGGAAGGCAAAGAUGAGAAAUCCAAUGCUCAACGGAUGCACUCAACGAUGGAGGCCGCGCAAAAUGAGCAAAACAGUGAAGUAAAGCCUGCCGAUAUCCAGCAUCAGGCACUUUCGAAGAACGCCCAAAAGAAGCUUUUGAGGCAACAGAAGAACGAGGCGAAGAAAGCAAAGAUGAAAGCGCAAAUGAAAGAGCAAAAACAGAGGGAUGCGGAGAGGAAGCGAAAACAGUGGGAGAAGAAACUGGCCGCCUUAUUCAAGAAAAGAAUUGAGGAAAGAGAAUGGAGAAAGAUCCGAGGAAAGAGGCCAGAAUAUCCAGAGACUGAAACAAGCCAAGGACACCGGCCAAAACAUCGUCGUCGAUCUUGAAUUCUCUCAUCUCACGACGAACUCCGAGAUCCAUAGCCUCGUACAACGGGUUGUCUUCGAAUCUUCAGCAAAUGCAUAAAUUUGUCCCUUUAUUACGUUGUAUCCAUAAUGUAGU